AAAAAAUGUCGACACAACGGUUAAAUGCUGCCGAAAAGGAUUUGGAGAAAUUCAUCAAAUUCCUGGCACUGAAGUCCACACAGGUUGUGGUGCAGUCACGCCUCGGCGAAAAGAUACAAACCCAAUGCAAUCCGUUGGCUGGCAACGAUUGGUUCAACAUUGUGGUGCAGGAUCAUCCCGACGUCCUCGAUGAAACGAAGCGUGCGUUAUCCUUGAAACCCGGCGACAGCAUCAUGCAACGUCUGCCGCUCUGCAUUGAGAUCUCGCUGAAGACCAGUGAAGGUGAUCAAAUGAUACUUGAGGUGUGGUCCUUGGAUUUGCUACCCUUAGACAACAAUAAAGCAGGAGGCACAGAGGACACGGGCAAUAAGGGAGAGAAUGAGAAUCAAGUGCUGAAGGCUUCCCAUGCAAUCUACAAUCGCAUGGGCAUCAUGCUAAAGUCGCUGAUAUCUCUCACACGCACUACGCCCGCUUACAAAUUGUCGCGUCGCCAAUGUCCCGACUCCUAUGGCAUCUUCUAUCGCAUCUACGUCGAUAGACCACAAGUGCACACACUCGGAGAGGGCCACAAGCACGUGAAGAUUGGGCAGCUCAAUACGAUUGUGGGCUCACUGAUUAUGUCAGUAGCGUAUCGCACUAAGUUGACCAUUUCCCCAACUGCCGGACAUCAUCAGGCAACGACAAUAACAACGGGAACAACGACAACAGCACAGCAGGGAACCAUAAUGCUCAAAUCGGAUCACUUUCGUCCUGCCAGCGAUGCCAAUUCGCCCACUUCGCAGCUAUCCUCGUUUAAACCACCUACACUGGGCGGAAUUGGUGGUGCAAAUGGCUUCGAGAAGGUGGACAAGAGACACAUUGACAUUGAGAAGCCUUUGCGACCGGGCGCUUUUACGGAUCUGGGCAAGUUGCGACAGUUUACGGAGCAUGAUUUUGUGCUGCCCGAGACGCCGCCCUUUGAGUGGUUGUUGCGUUGCAAUCGCCAAGAUUCCAUUGAAUCCCUGCAUCGCAAAUGCGAAUCACCAGUCAGCAAUAAUAACAUAAAUAUCAACAAUAAUAAUGGUAGCAAUGGCAAUUUAAAUCAUAACAAUAACAUCUUGAAUAUCAACAACAAUUCAGCGGCCUUCAAGAGCUUUGAGAAGGUUCAAGUUGCCACAUCGCCCAUCAAGAGUCUUUUAAUACCUGCCUCUCGUCACAACUCAGCGCCCACGUUGCAACCACAGCAACAACAGCAGCAAUCUCAGCCAGCGCAACAACAGCAGCCUACUACGUCUUCGGAUGACGAUAGUCUGCUGAAGGAGCUGCAUUUUCCCUUUGCAUCGCCUACAUCGCAUGUAAAUGAUCUGGCUAAAUUCUACAGGGAAUGCUAUCAUGCACCACCAUUGCGUGGUCUUGGGGAGCUGCAGGCACCGAGCACAGUGGCGAGUAGUUGUGGCGCCACAGCAGCGGCAACAGCUGCGGCCACAGCAUCCGCUACAGCUGCAGCGGCGGCGGCAGCAGCAGCUGCAAUCGAUGGCAGCAUGGAUGAUUUGUCGCGACAGCUGGAACAGUUUGAGACAUCGCUGGAGGAUUACGAUAAGCUUGUCUCGCAAUUUGGGUUAAGCGGUUCCUCGUCAACUGGCAGCCGCAGCAGCGGCGGACUUCAGAUGAGCAAUUGAGAGAGUUGCUCAAGUAGAUGUCGAGAUUUAAGGUUACACACCCGAUAUUAAUUCAAGCAUAAUGUGCUUAGUUGCCUCAGCAAAAUAUUAGGCAGGUAUCCCAAAAACUAUUAUUAAUGCAAUAGAAUAUGUUUAGUGGCCACAACUUAAUUUGGUAGUGAAUAAUUAGACAGUUAACUCAGAAAAGCAAUUGCUAUUAUAGUAGAAUGUGCUUAGCUUCAUAUCAAAAGGUUACUCAGUCAUCUUAAAAAUUGCAUUAAACUUAUCAGUAGAAUUUUGUUCAAUUUACAGUUUCUUGGAAUUUUAUAACAUAACAUAUAAAUAUUACAUUUGUUUGAUUAGUUCUCUUUAAAUAUACAUAAAUAAUGAGGUAGUUGAGUAUGCUCAACUGUUUUAUCUUCAACUUUGACAGUUAUCCUCAAAAUGCAAUUAACUUAAACGAACUCAACUAAUUGAGCUUUUUCACUCAUAAAAUGAUAAGAACUGAGGCAGUUAAGCGCAUUAUACUGUAGUAUGAUCACGAUCAUUGCUCCACACACAAUUUUUGUAUAUUUAUCAAGCAGGGAGCUAUACAAACACAUACAUACAUUCAUAAACUCACACAAACAUAAACACUUACUCAUACAACAAUACGUUAUUAGAUUUGGGGCGUUACUUGGUUGUUUUGUAUUUCUCUUUGUUCAUGUGCCUUUAUAUACAAGUAUAUCAAUAAUAUAUAGUAUAUAUAUAUAAUCUAUAUGUCUUAAGUUCUACUGCAGCUUAAAAGUUUCAUUUACAAUUUUGUCAUUUAGUUUGGCUUUCAGAUUAGUUGUAAGUUCGACAGCAAACAACAGUUGCCUUUCCUUUGUGUAUGUUAAUUUAGCAACUUAAACAUAAGUACUUUUUAAAAAAUGAGAAACCAAACUAUUAGCAUAGAUAAUUAAAAAUAUGUAUGUGUCAAACGAAAGACUUAAUAAGCAUAGUUAACUAAUCGUAUAGUACUGCAUACUUGUUUAAUCAUGAUGUAUAAAUUCAUUUUCAUUUAUUAUAUCGCUGCAAUUGUUACAUAUUUGCAAUUAUUGAAAUUCAUUCGGUAUCACUUGAUCGAAAAAGUGUCCAAGAUGCUUUUUGAUAAAUUUAGAGUUUAAUCAUUAAAUUUAAAGUACUUGCAAAUUUGUAACGAAUCGCAAUACAUAUUAAAAUGUAAAUAUAUCGAAAAAAAAGUGAAAAAACAGGGAGGAAAUCUGUUGCAAAAUUUUGUAAUAUAUUAAAAUAUUUGUAUACUCUUUAAAUUGUAUUGAUGCGCUUUGUUAUUUAUUGGUUCCGCGAAUUGCGAAAUUUUUGCAUAUAUACAAAUAUAUUUAUUACAAAUAAUAUAAUAUUGGUAAAUACAACUAAGCAAAAUGCAUAAAGGAAAUGUAAAAUUAAACGAAAUUGUUAAUCA